ACUCACCAUUAUUAGUGUGUGAAAUCUAAGUUGUUGUAUACAGGUAGCCUUUAUUUCUUCACUGUUUGAUCAGAUUCCAAACCUGAUCAAAGAAAGUGUGGGAGACCGUAAACCUGCUUUCUGAUUUGGGAAGGGAGGGGACAGAAUUUAAGAAAGGAAGCAAAUAAAAACGCUAUGAGUCUCUAGUAACCUGCUGCUUCAUCAUUCAUCCAAUGCUUUACACAGAAAAUUACAAGAAUCUUAUUUAUGGAAAGAGUAACUUUGCAUGUUAAUAUGCAAAACUGGGGGCAAUGUACAGUCAAACUUGCAAACAUCAGACAGAAAGAUGUCUGACUGUACAGAUACUUUAGUGAAGCUGUUAAACAGGAGGAGACUUGUUGGCUCUCAUAACGUCAGCUUAAAUUGUUGCUACUUCAGCAGUGGCAGAUUUGCUUUGAAUUGUCAAGUGGUCUGAAGUGGAUGCUUAGUUCUGCUCUAAGCUUGCAGAGUUGUGAAGAUGAGCCCCUAUGUUCCCUUUUUAUGGUCAUGUUUAUCUUGCAAAAGUGUCUCUUCCUUAUUGUAUGGCAUUAAUGAGCUGGGCAUCUUACACCCAAUGUUUAACUUCCGUAACUGUUUACUAUAUAAGUGUAUUAGAUCCUCUCAGUCAGUGAAGACUGCAGAGAUAGACUAUGCUGUCUCAUUGAAGGGUGUAUGUGCUAGAUUCGGCAAGACCACAUCAGGGAUUAUUUUAUUUAGCAACAGUGUCUCCAGGUUUCUACUUUGGUGGAGGGUGGCAGUGAUGGCAGUUUGGGCAGCAGUGCUGAUCACCUAUGGAAUCUCUGUAGGAAUUGCAAUGGACUCAGCUGAACCUGGGUUAAAUGAAAUCCUUCAACUUGACAUGGCUCCAAAUUCUGUUGAUGACAUGUACGAUGGCUGCAAAGACAAAAUGAAGAAGGUGGAAAAAGAAUACCUGCAGAAUGAGAAAAACAAAGACAAACAAUUCAAAGAGGCCUGGGACAAAGCUGAAAAUGCAUUGAAGCCUAAAAAUAAAAAAAAUCCUCCUGCCAUGUGGAAAGUAGCUAUUUAUGUGUAUACCCUCGUUGAACCAAAAAUCUAUCUUGAUUUCAAUAAUGCAGUUCGAACCCAAAGAUUUGAGUACAACACCACAUUCAGGUAUCACGCACUUCACUUUUUCUUGACUGACGCCCUUCAAACACUCAAUAAAAAUGCGAAAUGUUUCACUGGCUACCGUAGAGUCAACAGCUCCUUUACAUCCCAAGAUGUUCUCAACAAGGAGAUUCGCUUUGGCUCUUUUACCUCCAGCGCUAUGGGUGGGUACCCCAGCGCUGAAAGAUUUGGAGACGAGUCAUGCUUUAAGAUUUUCACAUGCUCUGGAGCAGAUAUCUCGGAGCACUCUACCGUUAAGUCAGAGAAUGAAGUCUUGAUUCCUCCUUACGAGGUCUUUAAAGUUACAAAGAUUGAAAGGAGAUCUGACCAGAAGAGUCUUCCAUGUAAGGUGGUAUAUACAGUGAAAAGACAACGGACAGUGUCCAACACGAAUUGUACUCUUAUUACGAAGUAAGCACUCUUGAAUGUUUUAAAUAGAGCUAACAAAACAUGUAAAAUAACAUUAGAAACAGCUUUGAAGACCCUCAUGAAGGAUCUGCAAAACAUGUUGCUUGCUGUCUGGAAUGUGGACAACAUCAAGAAUCAUUGCAUUAAGUUGUACAGCCCAUUUCAUCUGCAUUUAAAUUGGAUGCAUAUUUUCCUACAAUGUUAUUAUAUCAACUCUGUCAGAAAAUCAUUAAACACUUUGUGGUUCACAAA